AGGUGAUCGAAACAGAGGCAGAAGAUAUCAAAGAAUACCUUCGACUAAAAAAAAAAAACAUGAAGCCAAAGCAGGUUGUUGUUGUUGUCUCCUUCCUCCUUCCCCUCCUUGCUUUCCUCUCAGAUGGUGCUCCUGAGCGAGUUCUGGACGUAUCGCUGAACCCUCUUGAAGUAUAUCGUAAUUACUACAUCUUACCAGUAAUCACUGGCCCAGAAGGUGGUGGAUUGAAACUUGCCAAAACUGGCCACUCAGAGUGUCCUCUUACUGUCUUGCAAGAUAAAUCAGAAGUCAACAAUGGUAGAUCUGUCAAAUUCACCAUACCUGCUGGAAACACCUCUAUAAUCCGCAUAGGUACCACCCUGGAUAUCAAGUUCGUAAAUAAGCCAGAGUGUGCAAAAUCGGGCAAAUGGGGGCUGUUGUAUGACCCAGAAAUCUACAGGUUUUGUGUGGUAAUUGAUGGUCCUGAUAGCACAUUUCAGAUUCAAAAACACAGAGCUGGGUACAAGCUUAUGUCCUGCAACAGUAGGACUUGUUACGAUAUUGGAAGAUUUGAUGCAGAGAACGGUGAGAGCGGAAGACGCUUGACUACGAAUGCGGCAGAACCGUUCGAGAUUGUGUUCGUACGGGCUCUUGUAGAUGAUUUUGAAGAUAAUAAGGUUAUUAAGUCUGUAGUUUGAAUCAAAUAUCUCCACAUGUUAAGUUAAUGCAAUUAUCAUAUGCUCUUUCUCUUGUGAUUUGCAUUACUUAAUAGUGAAUAAAUGAGAUAUUAAUUACUAUAAUUUCUUCUGUUA